AUGGCCCAGGUCAAGGAAAAAGUCUGUUUGAUUGUUCACGAUGGUUGGGGAAUCGCGCCAGAGAAACAUAUGAAGGGCGAUGCCAUUGACGCUGGCACAACGACAAACAUGGAUACUAUCUCAAAAGAUCACAGUCAUCGCCAACUUUGUGCGCAUGGAAUUGCUGUCGGGCUUAAUGAAGGUCUUAUGGGUAACUCGGAAGUCGGACAUUUGAACAUCGGUGCAGGGCGCAUCGUGUGGCAAGAUAUCGUACGCAUCGACCAAUCGAUAAAGAAGCGUCAGUUCCACAAGACGGACCAGAUCCUCGACGCUUGCAAACGUGCCAAGGAGGGUAACGGCCGCUUGCAUCUACUCGGACUUAUAUCCGAUGGGGGUGUACACUCACAUAUUAGACAUUUGUUCGCUUUGUUAGAGACUGCGAAAGAGCAGGGCGUACCAAAAACCUUUGUGCACUUCUUUGGUGACGGACGCGACACUGCACCAGAAUCUAGUGCCGGUUAUGCGAAGCAGCUCAAGGAGUUUCUCGAGAAAGAGCAAUAUGGUGAAUUUUCAACGAUAAUCGGGCGCUACUAUGCUAUGGACCGGGACAAGCGAUGGGAACGCAUCAAGAUUGCUGUUGAUGGCUUGGUCAGAGGUGAAGGCGAGAAAGCCGAAGAUCCAGUCCAGGCAAUCGAGGACCGAUACAAGAAGGGUGAAACCGACGAAUUCUUGAAGCCUAUUAUUAUCAGUGAUGAAGGGAGAAUCAAAGACGGCGACACCCUUUUCUUCUUCAACUAUCGGUCUGAUCGUAUGCGCGAGAUUGUCACUGUGUUUGGUCUUGAUGAGAAGCCUUUGGAAGUCGAUGUACCAAAAGAUCUCGGUAUCACGACGAUGUCGCGUUACAACGUCGAUUUCCCGUUCCCAGUCGCCUUCCCUCCACAGGCAAUGACAGACGUAUUGGCAGAAACACUUUCGAAACAAGGCGCCAAGCAGGCACACGUUGCAGAAACAGAGAAAUACGCUCACGUUACGUUCUUCUUCAACGGUGGUGUAGAGAAGCAGUUCGAGAACGAGGAGCGACACAUGAUUCCAUCUCCGAAAGUUCCGACUUACGACAAGCAGCCCGAGAUGAGCGUUCAGGGCGUCGCGGACAAGGUUGCUGAGCUUGUGAAGAAAAAGGAACAUGAAUUCAUCAUGUGCAACUUUGCUCCGCCAGACAUGGUUGGUCAUACUGGUGUGUAUGAAGCAGCUGUGGAAGCGAUCACUGCAACGGAUGCGGCAGUUGGUACGGUGUACAAGGCCUGUCAGGAAGCGGGAUAUAUUCUGCUCAUCACAGCAGACCACGGAAACGCGGAACAGAUGAUCAACCCUGAGACUGGCGAGCCGCAUACCGCGCAUACUACGAAUAAGGUCCCGUUCAUUAUGACUGGCGAACCGGAGAAAUACGGAUUCGUUGAGGACAAGGAGGGUGAAGAUGAAGAGGCUGGAGCACUUUGUGAUGUCGCCCCGACUAUCCUGGAUUUGAUGGGUUUGGAGAAACCACAGGGUAAACGUCCUUUCGUUGUUAUUGCGAUUCAGAUUCUGACUUAG